GUUAAGCCGCACCGCUUUAGCUUAACCGCGAUCUCCGUAACAGCGUCAAACGUCAUCGCUGCAGUCCACAAGACCGUGUAAGAAGUGAAGCUUAGUCCGAGGAAGAUGAUAAGAUGGACGGUGAUCUUUGCACAGUUUUAGAUCAUCCUUCUAUAUUCAACACGACACUGUCGUUGGCGCUAGCUGUUGGCAUAGUAGGAUCGUACGUCCCGCAACACCUCCGUAUCAUCAUCCGCCGAUCGUCUCGCGGCCUUUCUCCUUGGUUCCUACUGCUCGGCGUAACCUCAGGAACAUGCUCUUUGACCAACGUGUUGCUGCUCUCGUCGGAUGUUCUCCAAUGCUGCUCUAAGUUGUCUGCAGGGAAAUGCAUGGCGGCGUCACUGGGCGUUAUACAGAUUGGGUUGCAGUUCACUAUGUUUGCCAUUAUUCUAUUGCUAUAUAUUCAAUUUUUCCCUCGCGAUCCACUAUUAGAUGCUGAUCGCGAGCGUGCAAGGAGAGUUGCUGUUCUGUGUGGAGUUCACUUUUGCUUCACGUUCUUGAUCGCAUUCGUCAUAUACAAGUUCAAGUCUGGCGCGGUGGCAUUGUAUGCUGGGUUUUUAGGGAUCGAAGCGACACUGCUCGCAGCAUCACAGUAUGUUCCGCAAAUCUACACGACCUAUUCGCUAAAGAGGGCUGAGUCUCUGUCGAUACAUACACUCGCUAUGCAAGCCCCAGGUGGAUAUUUGUGGGCUCUCACGUUGGCUUUGAGAGAAGGAACAGGCUGGUCUUCGUGGCUGCCGUAUCUUCUCGCGGCGACACUGCAAAGUAUUUUACUGAUUUUGUGUAUCAAAUACGAGAGAUCGGCUGGUCAUUUGCUUGGUUCAUCAUUAGCAGAAUUGUCGUCUUCCGUUGUGCAAGAGCUGGAGGAAGAGCCUUUUGGUGUUUCAAUAUUUGAGGAAGAGACGGAUCCGGCUCUAUUAAUUCAAGAUCAGCAUGACUAUGAUGCUGAGAGAUCUUUUCAUUCCUCGAAAGCAGGACCGAGAUUUGGAUGAACCUACUUUUUGUUUUUUAUUUCAUUGCUCGAAUUCAUACAUAAUUACCAGUCU